UACAUCUUGCAUAUGUACUCCUUUUUUAGGGCAGGUUAAUAAUAGCACUUGUCUUAUUCCUAGUUAACCUUAUCCUCCUCCUUUCUUCUUCUUCUGCUUCUUCCUCCUUCUCUUCUUGCAUUUGGUCUUAUAUCUAAAAGGUCAAAGCGAAACCGGAAUUGCCCCUUCAAGAGUCCGACCUCUGACUGACUGACUGACUGACUGGCUUACUACCUUCACGUCUCACCGGUAUGGCAGGAAGCGGAGUGCCUAUCCUAGGCAGCCUCUAUGUUUAUGCACCUAAUCAGCCAGCAGCAAUUUUCUUUACUGUUGCCUACGCCAUUACCGCUGCUGUCCACAUUUGGCAGUGCUACCGCUUCAAGUCUUGGGGACUGCUUGGCUUGCAUCCUGUAUGCGCGACACUGUUUACUCUCGGAUACGGCCUUCGCGUGUGGGGAGCCAACAACUACAUGUAUAUCUCCACCGACAAGACGCCGCUGGCUGUAUUCAUCGCAAGCCAGAUAUGCAUCUUCGUUGGCCCUCCUUUCCUCGAGCUCGCCAACUACCACGUUCUCGGCCGAGUCUUCCAAUAUGUCCCCUAUGCCUCUCCGUUCAACCCUGGCAGAGUCACCGCCUUCUUCGGCGGGCUUAUGGCCCUUGUUGAGGGUCUUAAUGCCGCUGGCAUCUCCUUGUCCGCCAACGCUAACGCAAAGGAGUCGCCUAAGAAAGCUGGCCACAACCUCAUCCUUGUUGCCCUUACCCUCCAGGUUGUCGUUAUUUUCGCCUUUGCCUAUCUCUCUGUCGCCUUCCACCGCCGGCUCGUCAGGGCUCGCAUACCUGCACAGGCCAACCUCGUCAAGUCCACCCUGACGACGCUCUACCUCAGCAUGACUCUCAUCUUUGUCCGCUGCAUAUACCGCCUUGUAGAAAACUCGUUAGGAACCACAAGCGUGGAUCUCAGCGACAUGGAAGCUUUGCUAAAGAUGAGCCCUAUUCUACGCUACGAAUCGUACUUUUACAUCUUCGAGGCAAGCCUUAUGCUCGUCAACUCCGUCUUGUGGAACGCGCGCCACCCGGGCCCCCAUCUCCCCCGGAACACUCACAUCUACCUAGCACAGGACGGAUCAGAAGUCGAGAGGGAUGACGACGGCAGCGACCGACGGCCUCCGCUGCUCACGAUGGCUAACACUCUUAUGUUUGGCUUGCUUAUCCGGGACGAUAAACGCCAUUCAUACGGACGGCAGUCUCACGAGCUCCACCAGGGCACAGCCAGCGAUACCCGUGCCAAGCCUACAUUCGGGAAUGGGUAACAGACCUCUUGGCUUGUUGGGCCGCUUUAUUGUU